AUGUCCCAGCAACGGCGUACCACGCGAGCCACCGCCCAAGGGCAGACGGGGCGCGGCCCGCAUCUCCGCCGCUAUCGAAUUGCGAAAAAAAACAAAAUAGCCGCGCAUCAUCGGAAACGUCUUCGCAAAUUGACCAUUCCAACUUCUCAGUAUUCCCUCAUUCCAAGAGAGCUUAAAAUCGGCGCCGAUUUGCGGCGCGAUGCGAUGGCGAUGCGCCCAACGAUGCGCCAA